CAGUUUUCGUUCACAUGAUUUUAAUGUGAAAAGGAACCUGAAAAAUUAAACAUCAUGAAGAUUUUUAUUUUUGUCCUAAUUUUGGGACUUUGCAAGGUAAUGACGGUUAAAAGUGAUUGUGAUAAGAUGCGUAUUAGGGGAUUUAAUAGACCUAGUUGUGGACAUUUACCGGAUUGUUAUCAGCAUGCUAAAAAUAUUGACAUAUUAGAUUAUUAUUCUUGUAAGCGAAAGGAAAAUGGACUUCCAGAUUUUACUUCGAAAUGGGAAGAAAGGUGUCCUGAUGACAAGCCCCAAUGCUCAUUGUCAGAAUCAACCUAAGAAAUGUUGCUUCACUUUAAUAUUAUUUACAAGCCUGCAAUAUUAAAUAAAUAAAUAACA